CAAGAGGAUGGUAAACUGAGAACGCUCCUACCGAUGUAAUAAGCUUCAGGUGGUGCUCGUGUAGGAAGAGAGAGAGAGAGAAAGAGAGAGAAGGAAAGAAGGAAGGUGGAAAUGGAACUGCCAAAUCAUGCCAAACAACUGCUGCUGCAACUCAACCAGCAGAGAGCCAAGGGCUUCCUGUGUGAUGUCAUCAUUGUGGUGGAGAAUGCGCUCUUCCGCGCCCACAAGAACAUCCUGGCGGCUAGCAGCAUCUACUUCAAAUCCCUGGUCCUCCACGACAACCUCAUUAACCUGGACACAGAGAUGGUUAACCCCUCUGUGUUCAGGCAGGUGCUGGACUUCAUCUAUACUGGGAAGCUCUUGACCUCGUCAGACCAGAGCAGUGAGCAGAACUUCAGUGCCCUCUUAACCGCAGCCAGCUACCUCCAGCUCCAUGACCUCGCCGCCCUGUGCAGGAAGAAGCUCAAGCGCAGUGGCGGGAAACCCCUGCCAGGCAAACCAUCCACUCCAGGCCCCAUUAGCCGCUUACGCCUCAACAAUCAGCGCCUUUCCUCCUCCACCCCUGCUGGCUCUAACAACCACUAUCCUCCCACCCCAUCCGAAGCCGACCAGCCACAGCCUGAUGAAGGCCUUCGGGACAAGCUCUCAGAUGAUGAGAUGUUUGUUGGGAGCUCUGGGAAGAACGGAAAUGCGGGAAACAGCAGCAGUAAUGGUAACCUCAGCAGUGGAGGAAGUGCUGGGGAGCCAGACCUUGGACUGGACCUGUCUAAGAAGAGCCCUCCUUCUGCGGGUACAGCCACUGAUGCCCUCAGCCCACACAGCAACUCCCAAGAGUCCCCACAAUCUGCCUCAGUAUCCACAACCAACAGUGCCUCACUCGAUGACUCCACCACCACCCUGCAGGGCCUGGACACCUGUGGCUCAGAGCCCAUGGAGCUCAACCCCAAAGUCCAAGAUGAGACUCAGAACCAGCCCGAUGGUCCACCGCCUCACAAGAAAUCCCGGCAGGUUUCUCGCAAGAAGGAAUGGCCUAAGAGAGAUGCCUCAGGGCUGAAGUCUGAUGACCUUGACAGGCCACUGGUCAACGGGGUGAUAGUGGCACCCAAAGAGGGUCGCUCUUCAAGCGGUGGAGUCGGACCGGGUAGUGGCAGCAGCUUCACCUCUGACCAAUCCUUUCACUGUAAAGAAGAGGAAGAGGGUGGAGAGAAUGGCCAGGACCACAGUGACGAGAGUGGGCAAAGUGAUGGAGAGAGUGGAGGAGGAGGAGGAGGAGGAGGAGGACGCGGAACGGGAGGGGGACACCACAGCGCCAACUAUGUGUACCGGCAGGAAGGUUUUGAGCCUGCAUUCGGAGACAACCUCUAUGUAUGCAUUCCCUGCGGGAAGGGCUUCCCCAGCUCUGAGCAACUCAACGCUCACGUGGAGACGCACACUGAGGAUGAGCUGUACAUCAAAGAGGAGGGAGGGACAUUUGUGAAGGAGGAGGAUGAAGAGGAGGCGGAGGACCUCUCAGCUCCUGGGGGUACUUCCAACUUUGGUGGCUCCGAAACACGCCCCUUCAAGUGCACCGUCUGCAGUAAGAGCUAUAAAGACCCAGCAACUCUGAGACAACACGAGAAGAGUCACUGGCUGACCAGGCCCUUUCCCUGCAACAUCUGUGGCAAAAUGUUUACGCAGAGGGGCACGAUGACGCGCCACAUGCGCAGCCACCUAGGCCUCAAACCGUUUGCGUGUGAGGAGUGCGGCAUGCGCUUCACGCGCCAGUACCGUCUGACGGAGCAUAUGCGUGUCCACUCUGGGGAGAAGCCGUAUGAAUGCCAGCUAUGUGGAGGGAAGUUCACCCAGCAGCGCAACCUCAUAAGCCACCUGAGAAUGCACACCUCACCCUCUUAGAAAUGCAUCAAGCCAAAGAACUCUGGGAAAAGAAAAAAAAAUGAUCUGCUCUACUUUACUUUUUUUUUUCCAUCUCACAAGCAAAG